CGCGAGCAGGGACGGACGCCCGCCCGCCGCCGCCGCCGCCGCCCGGCCGCUAUGGAUCUAUUCGACUUUUUCAGGGACUGGGACUUGGAGCAGCAGUGUCACUAUGAGCAAGACCGUAGUGCACUUAAAAAAAGGGAGUGGGAGCGGAGGAAUCAAGAAGUCCAGCAAGAAGAUGAUCUCUUUUCUUCAGGCUUUGAUCUUUUUGGGGAGCCCUAUAAGACAAACAAAGGGGAUGCACUUGCCAACCGAGUCCAGAACACGCUGGGAAACUAUGAUGAAAUGAAGGAUUUGCUAACUAACCAUUCUAAUCAGAAUCAUCUAGUGGGGAUCCCAAAGAAUUCUGUGCCCCAGACUCCCAUCAACAAAAAUGAACCAAGCUUUUUCCCAGAACAAAAGAACCGAAUGCUCCCACCUCACCAGGAUAGCACUCAUCCCUCAGCACCAAUGCCUCCACCUUCCGUCGUGAUACUGAAUUCCACUCUCAUACACAGCAACAGGAAAUCAAAAGCUGACUGGUCACGUGAUAGUCAUAAUGCUAACAUUGUCCCAGCCAACCAGGCCAGUGGUCAGCCAAACAAGCUGCCGCCGUCUACACAGGACCAACCCCCAGCCCGACUGGAAGACUUCUUUGUCUACCCAGCUGAACAGCCCCAGGUUGGAGCCACUGAAGAGUCAAACGUGUCUGCAAAGGAAGACAGUAGUCUCAAGUCCAGUGCAGGGGAUACGUUCAAAGAAAUCUUUCAGUCCAUCUCAUCAGAAGAAUCUGAAUUUACAGUGCAAGCUCCUGGGUCUCCCCUAGUUGCCUCCUCUUUGUUAGCUCCCAGCAGUGGCCUUUCAGUUCAGAACUUUCCACCAGGUCUUUACUGCAAAACAAACAUGGGGCAGCAAAAGCCAACUGCAUAUGUCAGACCCAUGGAUGGCCAGGAUCAGGCACCAGACGUCCCUCCAACACUGAAACCUUCCAUUGAAUUUGAGAACAGCUUUGGGAAUCUGUCAUUUGGAUCACUCUUGGAUGGAAAACCCAGUGCAGCCAGUUCAAAGCCUAAACUGCCAAAGUUCACGAUUCUCCAAACAAGUGAAGUAAGCCUUCCCAGUGAUCCAAGCUGUGUUGAAGAAAUCUUGCGGGAGAUGACCCAUUCCUGGCCUGCUCCUCUCACUGCCAUGCAUACUUCCGGAAACUCCGAGAAGAACUCACUUUGCAUCCCAGGACAGGAAUCCCAACACCUGACUCCAGGAUUCACCUUACAAAAGUGGAGUGACCCAACCAGCAGAGCUUCUACGAAGUUAGUAUCACUGGAGGCGAUGCUUGAGGACGACCUGAAGCUGAGCAGUGAUGAAGAUGACCUUGAGCCUGUAAAGACCUUGGCCACUCACUGUACCGCCACUGAGCUCUACCAGGCUGUUGAAAAGGCAAAACCUAAGAAUAAUCCUGUAAACCCACUCUUGGCCACACCUCAGCCGCCACCUGCAGUGCCAGUCAGUGGGGGAUCCGGCAGCUCCAGUGACUCUGAGAGCAGCUCUGAGUCAGACUCAGACACCGAGAGCAGCACCACCGACAGUGAAUCCAAUGAGGCCCCUCGUGCAGCCACUCCAGAGCCUGAGCCGCCCUCCACCAACAAGUGGCAGUUGGAUAAAUGGCUUAACAAAGUGACAUCCCAGAAUAAGUCGUUUAUUUGUGGCCAAAAUGAAACACCCAUGGAGACAGUGUCUGUGCCUCCUCCUAUCAUCCAGCCAAUGGAAGUCCAGGUCAAAGUGAAAACAACCCCCAGCCAGAUCCUGGGUGAACCCAAAGAGAGGCCUCUCCUCAGUCUUAUUAAGGAGAAAGUCCGCCCACGGCCGACCCAGAAAACUCCAGAAACCAAGGCUUUGAAGCAUAAGUUGUCGACAACUAUUGAGACAGCCUCUCAAAGGACAAUUGGAAAAAAACAGCCCAAAAAAGUCGAGAAGAACACCAGCAUUGACGAGUUUACCUGGCCCAAACCAAAUAUUACCAGCAGCACCCCCAAAGAAAAAGAAAGCAUGGAGCUUCCUGACCCACCAAGAGGCCGCAACAAAGUCACUGCCCACAAACCAGUCCCUAGAAAGGAACUGAGGCCAAACGUUUCCCUGGCUGCCGAGAAAAAGAAGUACAGAGGGCCUGGCAAGAUUGUGCCCAAGUCCCGGGAAUUCAUAGAAACGGAUUCGUCCACGUCCGAUUCCAACACCGAUCAGGAAGAGACCUUGCAGAUCAAGGUCCUGCCUCCUUACAUUGCUCCGGGAGGCAAUACUGCCAAAUCCAAGGAAGCCUGUGGCGCCAGCUUGACCCUCAGCUCCUUGGUCAGCAACAGUAGCAACAACAGCCUAACCACCGGUAGUGAAGAGCCUGCAUUUUCACCCGCCCCUGUCAUGCAAACCGAGCUGUCCCCACUACGAGAUCACGAGAACCUGAAAAAUCUGUGGGUGAAGAUUGACCUUGACCUGCUAUCUAGAGUACCUGGCCACCACUCACUGCAAGCGACACCAGCCAAGCCAGACCCCAAGGAGCCUGCAUCCAAGCCCAAACGCCAGACCACCGCUGCAGCCACUGAAAAACCCAUCCUGAAGGGCAAGCGUAAACACAAGCCAACAGAGAUCGCAGAGAAAAUCCCUGAGAAGAAGCAACGCCUGGACGAGGCCCCCGCUAUCUGCCUGCUGCCCCCUUGCAUCUCACCAGCGCCACUCCACAAACCUCCGCACACUAAAGAAAACAGUUCAUCCAGGAGAGCAAAUAGAAGGAAAGAAGAAAAGCUGUUUCCUCCUCCACUUUCCCCACUGCCAGAGGACCCUCCACGCCGCAGAAACAUCAGUGGCAGCAAUGGCCCCUUUGGUCAAGACAAGAACAUCCCUAUGAUCGGACAGAUCACCUCUACCAAACCGAAGAGAAGUGAAGGCAAAUUCUGUGCUACUUUCAAAGGGAUAUCCGUAAAUGACGGAGACACUCCGAAAAAGACAAGCUCUGCUGCCAUCACGGUUACCAACACGGCCGUUGCCACUGCCACUGUCACUGCUACUGCCGUUGUCACUGCCACUGUCACGGCCACUGCAACUGCCACGGCCACAGCCACCACCACAACCACUACCACAACCAUCUCCACCAUCACCUCCACAAUCACUACGGGCCUCAUGGAUAGCAGUCACCUGGAGAUGGCAUCCUGGGCAGCCCUGCCUCUCCUGUCCAGCAGCACCGCCAAUGUCCGGAGACCCAAGCUCACUUUUGACGACUCGGUUCACAAUGCUGAUUAUUACAUGCAAGAGGCUAAGAAGCUAAAGCACAAAGCUGAUGCGCUGUUUGAGAAAUUUGGCAAAGCCGUGAAUUAUGCCGACGCAGCCUUGUCCUUCACUGAAUGUGGCAAUGCGAUGGAGCGUGACCCUCUAGAAGCCAAGUCUCCCUAUACCAUGUACUCUGAGACCGUGGAGCUCCUCAGGUACGCGAUGAGACUGAAGAACUUUGCAAGCCCCUUGGCUUCGGAUGGGGACAAAAAGCUGGCGGUAUUAUGCUACAGGUGUUUAUCACUUCUCUACUUGCGGAUGUUCAAGCUGAAGAAGGACCAUGCUAUGAAGUACUCCAGAUCACUGAUGGAAUAUUUUAAGCAAAAUGCCUCAAAAGUCGCUCAGAUACCAUCUCCCUGGGUAGGCAAUGGAAAGAACACUCCAUCCCCGGUGUCUCUCAACAACAUCUCUCCCAUUAACGCAAUGGGCAGCUGUAACAACGGCCCGGUCACUAUCCCCCAGCGCAUUCACCACAUGGCCGCCAGCCAUGUCAACAUCACCAGCAAUGUGUUACGGGGCUACGAACACUGGGACAUGGCCGACAAACUGACAAGAGAGAACAAAGAAUUCUUCGGCGAUCUGGACACACUGAUGGGGCCCCUGACCCAGCACAGCAGCAUGACCAACCUCGUUCGCUACGUUCGCCAGGGACUGUGUUGGCUGCGCAUCGAUGCCCAUUUGUUGUAGUGGGGGCCCCCAUCUCCAGCAUCACCACCCAUCACUCUACCUCUACCAGAGCACCAAUGGUCACUGGUGGAACUCCACUCACUUGAGAAAGUUCUCUUUGCUUAUGUUUGUUUUUACGCUUCUUUUGAUAUCUGUGAAAAACAGAAGUUAUUGUAAGUGGACACUACAACUUGAGAGCAGUAUGUUUUAUUACUUAGUCAUUUUUCAGUAUUUUAUAUGCAUUUCUCAGAUCCCACCAUCCUUUUGUGCUUGAUACAAUGAUACAGUCCCUACAGUAUUGUUUUAAGCUCACACUACCCAAAACAAAAAAUGGGAAGUACUUGUGAUGAUAACACGUUCCUGAGAAAUGAAAUGUCUUACAUAUAUAUAU